AUGAAGUUUGCUACUUUGAUUUGGAUUUUGGUUCUUCUUCUUCGAUUCGGGUUAUUCGUCGACGCGAUUAUCGACCCAGUUGAUUUCUUGGCUCUGCAAGCGAUUCGUAAAUCGCUCGAUGAUUUGCCAGGUUCCAAUUUCUUCGAUUCUUGGGAUUUCACCGCCGAUCCUUGCAGCUUCGCCGGAGUUUACUGCGACGGUGAUAAAGUGAUUGCUCUUAAUCUCGGCGAUCCUAGAGCCGGGUCACCCGGUUUAUCAGGUCGGAUCGAUCCAGCUAUCGGAAAACUCUCUUCUUUAACGGAGUUCUCAAUCGUACCGGGUCAGAUCAUGGGUUCGUUACCGGUUACAAUCUCGAAGUCAAAGAAUCUUCGGUUUCUCGCAAUCAGUCGGAAUUUCAUCUCCGGUCAGAUUCCGGCGAGUCUCGGCGAGCUUCGGGGACUCAGAACGCUCGAUCUGAGCUAUAAUCAGUUAACCGGGUCGAUUCCUCCGUCAAUCGGAUCCUUACCGGAGCUCUCCAAUCUGAUUCUAUGUCACAAUCACUUAAACGGAUCAAUUCCUCAAUUCCGAACUCAAUCCCUAACCCGAAUCGAUCUCAAACGGAACAACCUCACCGGUGUGAUUUCUCCGACGUCUUUUCCGGCGUCGCUACAAUACCUCUCACUCGCUUGGAAUCAGCUAACCGGACCAGUAAACCGGGUUUUAAUCAGAUUAAACCAGCUCAGCUACCUCGAUCUCAGUCUAAACCGGUUCACCGGCGCAAUUCCCGGUCAGAUCUUCGGUUUCCCGAUCACGAACCUUCAGUUACAACGCAAUUUCUUCUACGGCGCGAUUCAGCCGGGUAAUCAAGUAACAAUCCCAACCGUCGAUUUGAGCUACAAUCGAUUCUCCGGCGAGAUUUCUCCGCUUCUCUCCAACGUACAGAAUCUCUACCUCAACAAUAACCGGUUCACCGGUCAAGUUCCGGUUAGCUUUGUGGAUCGGUUAUUGUCAGCGAGUAUACAGACACUAUACCUUCAACAUAAUUUCUUGACGGGAAUACAAAUUAGUCCGGCGGCGGAUAUUCCGGUGAGCAGCUCGCUGUGUCUGCAAUACAAUUGUAUGGUGCCACCGGUACAGACGCCGUGUCCGGUUAAGGCCGGUUCGCAGAAAACCAGACCCACAACGCAGUGUAUGGAGUGGCGAGGGUAA